CGGAAGCGGAAGUGUACCACAAACCGGAAGCGGCUGCUGCCGGCAGUGACUGCUCCUCCCUCGCUCGUUCCCUCCCUCGCUCGCUGCCUGGCGAGGAUGAGGGGCGGCUGUCUCCUCUGGGCUCCUGUCCUGCUCGGGAGUCUCCUGGCCGCAGCAGCUGAACCAGAGGAAGCAACUGAUUUAAUGUCUGAAAAGUUCAGUGAAAGCUCUUCAGCAUUCCCCCCGGAAAGCAGUCCUGUGCAGGGGAGCCCAGAUGGGCCCAAAGAGCGAGUGAAGUACAGGACGGCAGAAAUCGCUGAUGCCAUGAUGGGGAGCAGCAUGCCACCAGGGCAGUCGGUGGUACUUUCUAUCAUUCCAGCGAAGAUGAAGGAGAUGGGCGCAGGCACCUGCGAUGCAACAGCCGAUGGCGAAUGCGACGCGCAGGCUGCCUUUUCAUCUUUCCCUUCCUCAGGAUCACAAUCUCCAGAGUCACCCGUAGAGCAACCCGUAGUUCUGGAAGCAGUGCAUCCUUCAUCAGCAGAGGACACAAAUAGUACAGACAGCAUGAAAACCCCCAAAGUGAACUGUGAAGAAAGGAAUAUCACAGGGAUCACAAAUUUCACGUUACAAAUCUUGAAUAUUUCCCAAGAUUUAAUGGAGUUCCUCAAUCCAAAUGGUAGUGACUGUACCUUAGUCCUGUUCUAUACCCCUUGGUGCCGUUUUUCUGCAAAUCUAGCUCCUCACUUUAAUUCUUUGCCUCGAGCUUUCCCAACGCUUAGUUUCUUGGCUUUGGAUGCCUCUCAGCACAGCAGUUUGUCUACCAGGUUUGGAACGGUGGCUGUUCCCAACAUCCUUCUUUUCCAAGGAGCCAAGCCUAUGGCAAGGUUUAACCAUACUGAUCGGACUCUAGAAACACUGAAAGCUUUUCUUUUCAAUCAGACUGGGAUAGAGCCCAAGACAGAUGUGGUAGUCACUGAAGAAGAUCAAGCAGGUCCACUGCCCAGCACACUAAGCAGAGGAGUAGACUGGCUGCUUUUAUUCUCCUUACUGUUUCUUAUCAGUUUCGUCAUGUAUGCUACUAUUCGUACUGAGAGCAUCCGGUGGUUAAUACCUGGCCAAGAUCAGGAGCAUCAGGAAUGACAUGCAAACUGUGAACUCUUUGUGUUUUCAGAUCAAGUUGAAAUACGUAAAUUGUACGAUGGAUCAGAUCUUUGACUUUUUAUCUUUUAAGUCAGAACUGCGUUCAUCACAUAUUUAAGACCACACACCAUCACUUUGCUGAUAUUACUUAUGGUACAAGAACCUUUCUUGAAUUAUUUAUUUACUUCUAAGUGCAUUAAAUUUUGUAACAGAAAAACUAUAGGAAAAUUUUGCACAUUGGAAAAUGAUUGCAGGUGCUUAAGAAUGUAGUAUGGAAAUAUGAUAUCUUGACUAUGAAAUUUAUGUUCUGGAAAAUUCUCUCAUCUUUCUGCUCUAGAGUUUUGUAUCUCAGAUGCCUUUCUAAGAUGUGUUGUCAUGUUAGUUAUGUUUGGUUGCAGUAGCUGACGAGGUGCUUCCCUACUUGUACUAAUUAAUAUUAAGUGGGAAAUUUAUCAGAAUAAGUUUUGUCAAUUGCUUGGCUGCAUCCAGGGUCCUUUUCUAAACCUAUAAUGUCACUGGAUAGAAUUGUGACACAUAGACACUUUCGUAAAUGUAUUGUUUUAAUGAGAAUAUUUAAAUAAGAAUGCUCAGGUAUCAAAACCUUAAAGGGAAGAUGUAAUUUCUGAUGAGCAAAAUGUAACAUUUGUGGCUGAACGUUCUAUAUAGUUUUUGCAUUCUAAAAGCAAGAAUGCAUGGGAAAAUAAAUUGCUAGAUUUGGGAAAAAUAAAAUGUACAUUGUUUCUUGAUUAGCAGUGUUAUAAUCUAAGCAUUGCUGUGAACAAAUGUAUCAUUUGAAAGUGUCUGUGAUUAUUAUAAUUGAGAUUGUUUCAUGUUGAUACUGAUAUGUUAGCUGAAAUAGUUUGAAUAAACAGAGGCAUUCAAAGUA